AUGAAUAGACAAACAAACGCGGGACUAGGUGGGUUAUCAGCCUCGAGUCCAUCUCCUAAGAAUAAACUGAAUCCCACGGUGAAUACUCCUUUAAAUAAUGAGCUGCUGGAUGAACAGAAGCAAGAAAUUUACGAAGCAUUUUCACUCUUCGAUAUGAAUAAUGAUGGAUAUCUAGAUUACCAUGAAUUUAAAGUAGCAACUAGAGCGUUGGGAUUUAACUUAGAUAAGCAGAGAUUACUGGAGAUCAUGAAUGAAUACGACAGGAAUGGCGAUGGACGCCAUCUUAUUUACUAUGAUGAUUUCUAUGUCGUCAUGGGACAACUAAUAAUAGACAGAGAUCCACUGGAUGAAAUUAAGAGAGCAUUCCAAUUAUUUGAUGAUGACAAUACUGGGAAGAUCUCUUUCAAGAAUUUGAGGAGAGUGGCCAAGGAAUUAGGUGAAAAUUUAACUGAACAAGAAUUGAGGGCUAUGAUUGACGAAUUCGAUCUUGAUGGUGAUGGGGAAAUCAACGAAGAAGAAUUCAUUGCAAUUUGCACUGAUAGUUGA